AUGUACAUCACAGGCAAGCGAUGCUCCAAUGGGGAGUGCAGAAUCGGCGAGGACGAGGAGAUGGCGAUGAGCGACGACACGAAUUUCCUGGACUUGUCACGGCUAAGGUCUUUCACAGUGUUUGGUGAGUGGAGAUCAUUCUUCAUCUCCACCGAUGUGAAGAUGAGACUGCUUAGGGAGCUGGAUCUAGAGGACACAACUUCAGGUUUAACAGAUGGCGAGAUCGAGCAGAUAAUUAAACAACUGCCUCGGCUCAAGUUCCUCUCCCUACGAGGAUGCAAAGAUAUUAUCCAUCUGCCGGAAUCAUUGGGUGGUCUUAGGCAGCUGCAGACUCUGGAUAUUAGACACAUCGUCAAGCUAGUGAAGCUGCAUCUCCUCUCCUCGGAUCCCCAAAAUUCGAUCCCGUCGGUAACAAGGAACCCUAGCCCACCCUCCCGCACCAACGAAUCCUUCCGAAUUGCUGCGCCGAUGUCGAACCCCAACCUCCCGCCACCGCCGCCCGGCUCGUCGUCGUCCGCGGCUCCGGCGGGGGCCAGCUACUUCCCGCUCCCCUUCCACCUGCAGCAGCAGCAGCCGGUGGUGCCGACCUACCAGUACCAGCAGUACCAGCAGCUGCAGCAGGCGCAGCAGCUCUUCCAGCGCGACGCGCAGACCAUCACCCCCGAGGCGCUCGAGAGCGUCAAGGCCGCCCUCGCCACCAGCGACGUCCUCGACCCCUCCGCCGCCAGGGCCAGCGCCUCCUCCUCCGACGCCGCCGCCAAGAAGAAGGCCGUCCCGCGCCGCGCCGCCGGCCAGUCCUGGGAGGACCCCACCCUCACCGAGUGGCCCGAGAAUGACUUCAGGUUGUUCUGCGGAGAUCUAGGGAACGAAGUUAAUGACGAUGUUCUCUCCAAAGCCUUCUCGCGGUUUCCCUCCUUCAACAUGGCCAAGGUUGUCAGAGAUAAGAGGACUGGAAAAACUAAAGGUUAUGGAUUUGUGAGCUUUUCAAACCCUACAGACCUGGCUGGAGCCAUAAAAGAAAUGAAUGGAAAGUAUGUUGGAAACCGCCCGAUUAAAUUGCGUAAGAGCAAUUGGAAGGAAAGGACAGAUGUUGAGGCUCUACAAAGGCAAAAGAACCACAUUCAGAAGAAGCCUAAAACAGCCAAGAAGGGCAUUCUUCACAAGUAAAGCUCUAUGGAGGCAGACCAGGGUGGCCCCUGUAGAAAAAAGGCUUGCUGCCUUUGGAGUUUGGAUGAAGGACAUCGAAAAAAUACACUGGCUAGUCACUCUUAUGUCACUGGUCAAGGUGCGCGAGGUUGAUAUACCUGUUGAAUUGUCACAGCUUACUAAGCAUUGUUCUCUCUGAUGACAAAUAGAUGUUACAUUUACGAGAGUUACAACAUGUUAGCCUUGUUGUGCAUGACAUUUUGCAUCCUUGACUCUUAACGUUGUAUGUACAAUCAGCUUUGUUUUGAUAUAACGCUGUCGUCAUUGUAUUGCAAGUUAGAGAUGUUUUUAGGAACUGUGCAUUAUUUUUGAAAGAAUUUUCAGUAAUUAUCCAAGAUUUACUGUUCGAGCC